CUUUCUUUCCCUUUCUCAUACACAAUCUCAUUUUAGAGGGUGUCUGGCAAACUACAUGCACAUUUUCUGCAUCUUGUCAAGUUAGUAAGAAGAAACCUCCUUCUCUCCAGGCUUCCUGCUCUACUUGGAGGAUCCACGGCACAUAGACGAAGUGAAAUGCAUCUGGACGGCUUGGAAGGAGUAUGGAUAUGGCACACACUGUAAAAACUCCACUCAGGAGGUCUUUUAGUGAACACGUAAAGGAUUCCACUAACAAGGCUUGGGAUACUUUUUGGAAGAGUGCACGUGAGAAGCGUCUCUCAGAGAUUGAAGCAAAGGAGGCUUGUGAUUGGCUUCACGCAGCUGGUUUUCCUCAGUAUGCACAGUUAUUCAGCGAUUGCUGUUUUCCCAUUGACAUUGACUGGGUAAAGAGUGAUCAUGAAUUUCUGGAUCAAGAUGCCUUAGAUUCUCUCUGCAGGAGAUUAAGUACCUUAAACAAGUGUGUGGAGAUAAAGCUAGAGUUGAGCCGAUCCAAAAGAAGGGGAGAUGAAGAGGCGGAAGAAGAUUUCUAUGCCAUUAGCCCAAAAUGGUCAUUUGACAGGAAGAGCAAACGCUGGAUCCGUGUGGAUGACGGUGAGCUACUGCACUCACUGAACAGCCCCAUUUCAAGACUGAGGCGAUCCGGAAGCUGUGAGGCCUCUUUUACUGACAGCGGGGAGUGCCAUGAGCUUUGUUCCACCUAUAGCUCUAGUAAUGCUGACAGUGAUGGAGGAAGCACUUCCAACAAAAUGGCAGAGGAACCAGAAACAAGCCGUAGCUCCUCCAGAUGCUCCUUGAACUAUAAGCCCCAAUCUCUCGACACUUCAUCCAGCAGACCUCCAUCUCCCAGUGAACAUCACAUUUUGAGCAGUGAAGAGUGCCUUCCUGAAAAGCCUCCAGUGGAAAAAGGAAAAAGCCUUCUCCGGAAGAUGGAGAGACUUAAAUUAAGAGGAAGCACACUACAGCCACACACCCAAAAUAGGAAAGCCAGACUUGUCAUAAGUGGACCAAUUAUCCAGGAAGGUCUUGGUGAAGAAAAGCUGAAGCAUCUUCAAUGUCAAGACAUAGUGAAGCUCCAGGACAAAACUGGAAAUCCUCCAUCCUGCUCAUCGCCCUCCCGAUCAAAUAGCAGUCCCUCAGCAAGCAGCAGUGCGGUCAGCACACCAAGCCCUGUGACCAAGGUGCGCAGCAACUGCAAACGCCAUGGGCUGCCCAAACAAGAACACAGUCAGAAACAAAUCAUCGAGCAGCAUUUCAACAACCAACACAACCUUGAUGUCAACCCUGUCUUUGAAAUUCCCCAUGGACACAAGCCAGGGACGUUCCCAACAGUUCUCUCCCACAACAGCACCUUCACACCUAUCAACAACACUUCGGUCAAUUGGAGGACUGGAAGUUUCCAUGGUUACCAAGGUAGACAAUGUAAAAGCAGCAGCUACAAGGACCAGGCAAACGCUUGCAGUCCACUGGCUACUUGUAAUCACCGUGUAAGCAUUUAUGACAAUGUCCCAGAUCAUAUGCAGAUUUUAGAUGAUGACGUCUUCUCAGCUUUGGACAGUGUAAUGGAACGCAUUUGUGGCCUGCAACAGUUGGUAAUGUCUUGGACAGACAAGUUGUCAGAGGAUGGGGAUUCAGAUUUUUCCCACUCGGGUUCUCCCUCACCCCCCUUUCUGACUGACAUUCAUCUUGAGAUCAAAGAGCCAGAAGAGACAAAUGAAGCUGCCCUAAAGGAGGCAUACAACAACAGCUCAGAUGCAUUUACACACACUGCUCAGCCUAUAGAUCAUACUGAUCGAAUACAGAGGCCCCACUGGUCCAGUGUACAGAUGCUUUCACUGAGUAACCUCAGCACAGGCAUACAGGCCAAAUCAGCAUCACAUGUCUCCAUGCUGCAAAGACUGAGCCUUCUUAGGCUCACAGCUCUAAUGGACAAGCACUCACCCUUUAGCAAACAAGGCUGGAACUGGUCUGUGCCGAAAGUCUACCGAAAAGUUAAACCUUCAGAACAUAAAAGCAGAAAGGUGUUUGGGGUGCCUUUGCUCCAGAGUGUUCAGCAAUCAGGGAAACCUUUGCCACCAAGUAUUUUGAGAGCAAUGGAGUUCUUAAGGACAGAGUGUUUGGAUCAGGUUGGGCUCUUCCGAAAGUCUGGGGUCAAAUCCCGUAUUCAAAAUUUAAGGGACAUGGUGGAGGCUGACCCUGAUGGCAUGUCCUUUGAAAAUCAAUCAGCUUUUGAUGUGGCCGACAUGGUGAAGCAGUAUUUCAGAGACCUGCCUGAACCUAUCUUCUCCAGCAAACUGUGUGAAAGUUUCUUGCACAUCUACCAAUACUUCCCCAAAGAUCAACAAUUUGCAGGGGUUCAAGCAGCCAUCUACCUUCUGCCUGAUGAAAACAGAGAGGCCCUUCAGAGCCUCCUUCUCUUUCUCCAAGAGGUGGUCGCAUGUGUAGAGGAGAAUCAGAUGACCCCAACUAACAUUGCAGUGUGCUUUGCGCCCUCCCUGUUCCACCUCAACUCGUUCAAAAGAGACAAAACAAGCAUAAGGUCUAGACAACGGAAAUACAGCUUGGGGAGGCCGGACCAGAGGGAUCUGAGUGAGAACCUGGCUGCAACACAGGGACUGUCACAUAUGAUUACCGAAUGCUCUAGCCUUUUCCAGAUACCAAAAUACUUUGAAGAUCAAAGAGCAUGCAGCUUUACUCAAGAUUCACUCCAAAAUGAUGCAGGUCUAAAUUCGUUGUCUCACUUUGGACAAAACGAACUUCCAGAUCAUGCCAGGCUUUUUCUUCUCACACAAAAACUCCAGAGGGAGGCCAAAGACAAGUCUAAAGGAUGGAUAUCAUGCUCAAUCUGUGAUCAUGUGGAUGUGGCGGUUAAAAAGGUGGAGGACGGUUACCCUUUGGGGCUAUGGAGAGGAAUGACAGAAGUUGAUGCUUCACAGCAGGAAGUCUUCCACCGUGUUUUAAGAGAACAGAGUCAGUGGGAAAAAAACCUCUUGCACAGUGAGGUGGUGGAGACUCUGAACAAGGAUGCAGAGGUGUAUCAUUAUAUACUGCAGGCUGCAGGGGCCAGACCACCACUGCAACAUAUUCUGCUAAGGACGUGGCAGUCAGAUCAUUCCAUGGGGUCCUUGUUUGUGUCCUCCACUUCUGUUGAGCAUGCCGCUGUGGCUGUCAGAGGAGUACGGGCGCAAGUUUUCUGCAACUUCUUUCUAAUCGAGCCACUGGGGUCCAGAAAGUCACGAGUCACGCACCUCUGCCGGACUGACACGAGAGGCCGAUCUCCAGCAUGGCACCAUAAAGUAGGAGGACACCUGGUUUCAUCUGUGUUGAUGGCCAUGAGGGACUCUUUUAAACACAAAACAAAAGACUCAAAAGCAUAGAAAGGACUCCAAAAAGUAAUUUGUUAAACACCGGACAGUUUUAAAAUCACAAGCUAUGUGUCACCUCACAAUCAGUCUAUCAAUCAAUCAAUCAAUCAAUCAAGUGGGUGUGAGCAAAUGAGUGAGCUCCAAAACUCCAAGUCAUUCCAGAAUCUCUGUACCGUAGAGAGCUACAGGACCAUUUUAACAACUGAGACCAUUCAGCCUGCAGUCAAGGAACAACAAUAGUGUGACAAGGUGUUCCAUGAGAGCCAGUGCACUUGGGAUUAUCAAGAUUGACAAGAGAGAGUGUCAGAGUAAUGAAAUGUCUCAUCUUAUUUAAAGGACAAUUCCACAGGCUAAUACUUUUCAGUGGCUGACUCCAAAAUUCACAACUCCCACUGUUUUAAGCAUUAAAGGAUGAACAGAGUGACAUCAUUUGGAAAUAUACAAAUCUGUAGACUCGACUACUGUGUCAUUGUUGGUACUGAGACAGCUCCAUUACAAACACGUGUCAACCUAUGAGUAACACAAGGGCAGAUAAGCCAUGUUGUGUACAUUGGCUUUAUCACUGAUUCAAGUAGGUGCUGUUUUAGGUUGGAAGCUGCCAUGUUUGCUUUUAUUUAUUUGACACUGUCUGUUGAAGCCAAGCUAUCUGAGGAUAUGUGUGACCUGGCACAUUACAAAGCUUUGUGUCAGACUUCAAUGCUACCACUAAAUUAUAAUUUAUUUUCCAUUUUACCAUUAUAGAGUGAUCUGAUCAAAAUGUGAUUUUAUUUACGCAUUUAUUUUCAUAAUCAGUAUAAGAAUUAUACAUUUUAGAAAUAAUAAUAAUAAUAAUAAUAAUAAUAAUAAAUAUAUAUAUAUGCUCCACACUGAUCUAA